AUGGCUGGCGAGGAAGACACAGAGCGAUCAGCAACUGAACAGGAAGUGAGGAGUCUCUCAGCUCCAGCUGUUCAGGACAAGGUCAGAGGUAAGGGACCAAUCAAUACUCCCUCACGACCUACGUACGAUCUUGAAGAGAAUGAGCUGAUUGCGGUCGUUAACUGCAGGAUACGAAUCCGGAAGCAGUUCCAGGUGGCCUUCACAAAGGAGGGCCACCUGCGCCAACGGUUCGUAGCCCUGCUAGACCGUAAGGAUGGGCGCGGAGAGCCGCUCUUUGCCCAGGAAGUGAUAAAUGCAAACUGUCCGAAGAGGGAAGUCCGAAGAAUCGCUAGUCAAAAUCCUCUGCUCUUCACGGCGUCGGGACGACUUCGCUCCCGUGCCUCGAAAAAGCUCACGGAUAAACAUGAGCAGGGAAAGUUUGCUAAAUACGGGGUUACGGAGGUGAAGAAGAUCCAUGAGGCCGUGAAGACACAGUUUUUUACUCACGGAGUAUUGAUGAAUUCCGGGCCGAAAGUGGUUGACUUGCGCAAAACCGAGGCUGUUGGUCUUGAUGGGGAGAAUGGAAUGGAUAUGGGAGGCAAGAGUCCAAAACGGAGAUUUAAUAAGCUUAUUCUGGGCUUCGUAUACCAGCCACUAGUGCUAGUGCCAGUGCCAGUGGAGAUCCCAGUAGAUCGUAAGAAGUCGAAGAGUCCUCCGAAAGACUCACUCGCAAGGCUGCACAUGAUUGAAUGA